AUGAACGGCCAACGAGGCAGUAAUUCUUCAUUGAGCUCUGGCAAUGGCAACGAAGUCGCCGCCGACGUGUCUUCUUCUUGCUUUUAUGUUCCCAACCCCUCUGGUACCGACUUCGAUGCUGAAUCGUCUUCUCUUCCCCCUCUCUCCCCAGCUCCGCAAGUGGCGUUGUCAAUUCCUGCAGAGCUCGCUGCCGCCAUUCCCCUCAUCGAUCGCUUCCAGGAUCCCAUCCCCACAUCCCUGCUCAAGAUAAACAGCGAUCUCGUCAGCCGUGCUACCAAGUUGUUUCAUCUCAUCUUAAAGUAUAUGGGCGUUGAUUCCUCUGAUCGAUCAACUCCUCCCAGUUUAGAUGAACGCAUUGACCUUGUUGGAAAGCUUUUCAAGAAAACUUUGAAACGUGCCUUAAAGCGCUCUAUCAAAGCUGGUCCUAGACAUACCACCCCCGGCCGUGAAGAAAUAGAAGCCCUUUUGACCGCUAGAAAGCUCACAACCAUAGUCUUCUUUCUUGAUGAAACUUUUGAAGAAAUAUCAUAUGACAUGGCUACAACAGUGUCUGAUGCUGUUGAGGAGCUAGCUGGGACAAUUAAACUAUCAGCUUUCUCUAGCUUCAGUUUGUUUGAAUGUCGUAAAGUUGUUUCAAGUUCGAAAUCAUCUGAUCCCGGAAAUGAGGAAUAUAUUGGAUUGGAUGAUAACAAGUAUAUUGGAGAUCUCCUCGCAGAAUUCAAAGCUAUAAAAGAUAGAAAUAAAGGAGAGAUACUUCACUGCAAACUGGAGAACGUGACCAAAGAUGAUGCAAGGCAACAAUUUCUACGGAUAUUGAAGGCACUGCCAUAUGGGAAUUCCGUGUUUUUUAGCGUACGCAAGAUAGAUGAUCCGAUUGGCCUUUUACCUGGACGAAUUAUUUUGGGUAUCAACAAACGUGGGGUUCACUUUUUCCGACCGGUUCCUAAAGAGUACCUGCACUCAGCUGAAUUACGUGACAUAAUGCAAUUUGGCAGCAGUAACACUGCAGUCUUUUUCAAAAUGAGAGUCGCUGGUGUUCUUCACAUAUUUCAGUUUGAGACAAAACAGGGAGAAGAAAUCUGUGUUGCUUUACAAACACAUAUAAAUGAUGUCAUGUUGCGUCGUUACUCCAAAGCUCGAUCUGCUGCCAAUAGCUUGGUUAAUGGAGAUAUAUCAUGCAGUUCUAAGCCGCAAAAUCUUGAACUAUAUGAAAAACGUGUGCAAGAUUUGUCUAAAGCUUUUGAAGAGUCCCAGAAGAAGAUUGAUAAGUUGAUGGAUGAACUGCAAGAGAAAAGUCAGCAAGAAGUUAUUCUGCGUGAAGAGGUAGAAGCUAUACGCAAUAGCUUAGAGCUUGAAAGGAAAAAUUUGAUGGAGGUUAUCUUAGACCGUGAUAAACUUAAGUCAUUGUGUGACGAGAAGGGGACGACUAUUCAGACCUUGAUGUCUGAACUGCGAGGAAUGGAAGUAAAGUUGGCGAAGUCGGCCAACACAAAAUCAAGUAAAGAGACAAAAUCAGAAUUAACGGAAAUGAAUAAUCAGAUAUUACACAAGAUCCAAAACGAGUUAGAAAUUCGAAAUAAGGAAUUGCAUGUUGCAGUUGAGAAUUCAAAGAAGUUGUUGAGUGAGAACAAGAUACUGGAGCAAAGUAUUUUCAGUAUUGAAAAUAAGAAAACAGAGGAGGUUGAAAUUCACCAAAAGAGAUAUGAACAAGAAAGAAAGGUGUUAAAACUUCGAGUUUCUGAACUUGAAAAUAAGCUGGAAGUCCUUACUAAAGACUUGGAUACUGCUGAGUCUACGAUUGAAAGUAAGAAUUCUGACAUGCUGCUGUUGCAGAAUAACUUGAAAGAACUUGAGGAGCUAAGAGAAAUGAAGGAGGACAUUGACAGAAAGAAUGAGCAAACAGCUGCGAUUUUGAAGAUGCAAGGAGCCCAACUUGCUGAGCUAGAGAUACUUUACAAGGAAGAACAAGUUCUAAGGAAAAGAUACUACAAUACCAUAGAAGAUAUGAAGGGGAAAAUUAGAGUUUAUUGUCGUAUAAGACCUCUAAAUGAAAAAGAGAGUUCAGAGAGGGAAAAACAAAUGCUGACAACUGUGGAUGAGUUUACAGUCGAACAUCCAUGGAAAGACGACAAAAGAAAGCAACACAUAUAUGAUCGAGUGUUUGACAUGCGUGCUAGCCAAGAUGAUGUCUUCGAAGACACAAAGUCAGCUGUAGAUGGUUAUAACGUUUGCAUCUUCGCAUAUGGUCAAACUGGUUCUGGAAAAACUUUCACAAUAUAUGGGCAUGAGAACAAUCCUGGACUCACACCCCGAGCAACAAAGGAACUUUUCAAAAUAUUAAAGCGAGAUAGCAACAGAUUUUCAUUUUCUUUGAAGGCAUACAUGGUGGAACUUUAUCAAGACACACUUGUGGACCUUCUGCUACCAAAAACUGCAAAACGGUAUGGUCUUUGUAGAGAAUGUGACAACUAUUCCUAUAUCAACGUUGGAGGAACUCCGAAUGAUUAUUGAACGGGGAUCUGAACGACGACAUGUCUCUGGAACAAAUAUGAAUGAAGAAAGCUCAAGAUCUCACCUAAUACUUUCGGUAGUUAUUGAAAGUAUUGAUCUUCAAACCCAAUCUGCUGCAAGGGGCAAGUUGAGUUUUGUGGAUCUUGCUGGUUCUGAGAGGGUAAAAAAGUCAGGCUCUGCUGGUUGCCAACUCAAAGAAGCUCAAAGUAUCAACAAAUCACUUUCUGCAUUAGGUGAUGUUAUUGGUGCUUUAUCUUCUGGAAACCAGCAUAUACCUUACAGAAAUCACAAGUUAACGAUGUUGAUGAGUGAUUCAUUGGGCGGCAAUGCAAAGACGUUAAUGUUUGUCAAUGUGUCUCCAGCCGAAUCAAAUUUGGAUGAGACAUACAAUUCUCUUUUAUAUGCAUCGAGGGUGAGAACAAUCGUGAAUGAUCCCAGCAAACAUAUAUUAUCCAAAGAGAUGGUGCGUUUGAAAAAGUUGGUAGCAUACUGGAAAGAGCAGGCCGGUAAAAAAACUGAAGAAGAAGAUUUGGUGGAAAUCGAGGAAGAUCGAACACCAAGGAAUGAAGCAGAUAGUUGAAGAAAGUUACAUGUAAUACAUGUAGGUGAAAUUGAGACGAUAAUUUCAUUAAUUUUGGUUGUCACCAUUCUUUUUGUAGGAAGUUACUACUCUGAAGUAGUCUUUUGAAGAGUGAUGCUAUAUGUCUCAAAGUUUCUCUUUUCUUGAGAUCUUAAUUAGAGGGAAAACAAAUCGUAGAUAAUACCAUACAAAGCCAGUGAACAGUAUACAUACAAGAACGAAAGUGAAUCAGUAAAAAAUAACAUAAAAUGUCCUCUGGG